AGGGCGUGGCCGUAUCGCACAUCAGCUCCACUGUUUGAUGUGUUUGGUGUCCAUUCACAACCACAAGCUUGUUGUACAGUGAAGGUAUGGAAGCCGGGCAAAGCGAAACAAUAAUAAGAGCGCAACGGCCGUAACAACUAUAGUUAGUUCGUUAAGCUGUGGAACCUUUCCGAUCUUAGCAAAUAGCCUACAGGAAAUAGUGAAAAAGGUGACAGGCGCACACACACACACCUCUGGGAGAUCACCAAAAAAGUAGCUUGACCUCGCGCAUCUGCAGGCUGUGGCACAGGUACCGAGCCUCUCGGACCAGUGCAGGACAUGCGGAUAUCUCCGGCUUGGGACCGAGCCGGGGAGCACUGAUAGUUAGUUCUCCGUGGACAGAUCGUUUCGACGCCGCUGAAAAAGAAAAGACAUGUCCCGAAGGAAGCAGAGCAAGCCCCGACAGAUCAAACGUUCCCUCGGAGACCUGGAGGAAGGUGAGGACAACCUGCCCGAUGACCUCAGCCUAUCGGGGGACGAGGGCGGAGCUUCAGACCAGGAUGAUUCGGCUGAGUGUGACGGCUCCAGCCCAGCGUUUAUGCCACCAUACAGUGAAGAGCCGAGGACGGAAGAUUCACCGAGUGCGCCUGAUGAUGAGGAAGAUGAGAAGGGUCCAGAACUGAGUGCCGAGGAAGAUGAAGGAGAGGCAGAGCCUCAGUGGGAUGGCCCAGGCCGGGGGUGUAAUCUAGAGGAACACAGUGCUAUCAGCCUGGCCGCUCUUUCACCGACAUGCAGCUCCUGUUUCUGGAACAGUCUGUGGUGCUGCUGGUGUGGUACCCUAUCAGACAAGAGCGUUCACUGCCGUUCACAAAACCCACAUCCUGGUCCACCUACCCCCAGGCCCCUCAGCCUACCAUCCAAUUACAUUCAAGAAUAUGUCACCGCCCUGACAUUUGAGUAUAUUGGCAAAACUUUACACGAAUAAACAUCAAACUAGAAAACAAGCCAAAAAUUCAAAAAGGAAAAUCCAUAUACCUGUGUAUAUAUAGUAUUUACAUAAACAUGCAUAACAAACACAUAUACUCACACAUAUACAGUGAGCUCCAUAAUGUUUGGAACUAAGACAUAUUUUUAUUUGAUCUGUACUCCACACUUUUAGAUUUGUAAUCUGACUAUGCAUAUAUGGUUA